CGCCAAUAUCCCAUGAUUCCUUGCGGCGCGCGGGUGACCUCUCGGAGCACUGGAAGAAGAAGAAGCGUCGCCUCCUGCUCACGCUGCCUGUCGCGGCUGAUACUGGCUAACCCACCGCUCGGUUGUAGAUCAUGGCUGCUUCGAAGCCAGUCGAGCCGCAGGGAGGGACCGGACUGCCCCGCUGGCAGCUGGCACUGUUGGUCGGCACCCCCAUAGUGCUGGGAGUGGGGGCGGUCUACCUGUGGAACCGCAGCAGGACGAAGGAGAGGAAGGGCGCCGGCGAGCGGAAGACGCCAGAAGGCAGCGCCAGUCCCGUGCAGGGCCAAGACGGCGAAGCUCGAGCCAACCGGGAGCAGGAGAACAUGAGCCCCUUGGAUCGGGCCCAAGGAGCAAAGAACAAGGGCAACAAGUACUUCAAGGCUGGCAAGUAUGAGAAUGCCAUCCAGUGCUACACAGAGGCCAUUGCCCUCUGCCCCAAAGAGCAGAAGGCCGAUUUGUCAACGUUUUACCAGAACAGAGCCGCAGCCUACGAACAGCAGAUGAAGUGGACAGAAGUGAUACAGGACUGCUGUCAGGCCGUGGAGCUGAAUCCACGCUAUAUCAAAGCUCUGUUCAGGAGGGCCAAGGCUCUGGAGAAACAAGACAACAAGAAGGAGUGUCUAGAGGAUGUCACAGCAGUGUGUAUUCUGGAGGCCUUCCAGAACCAACAGAGCAUGCUGCUAGCAGACAAAGUGCUGAAGCAGCUGGGGAAAGAGAAAGCCAAGGACAAGUACAAGAACCGUGAGCCGAUGAUGCCUUCACCUCAGUUCAUCAAGUCCUACUUCAGCUCGUUCACCGAUGACAUCAUCUCGCAGCCCCUGCAGAAGGGAGAGAAGAAAGAUGAAGACAAGGACAAAGAGGGCGAGGCAGCCGAGGUCACAGAGAGCUCUGGCUAUCUGAAGGCAAAACAGUACAUGGAGGAGGAGAACUAUGACAAGAUCAUCAGCGAAUGCACCAAGGAGAUUGAGUCAGGCGGUCGAUACACUGCCGAGGCCCUCCUGCUGCGCGCCACAUUCUUUCUGCUCAUUGGCAAUGCUACUGCUGCUCAGCCUGAUUUGGACCGGGUAAUCAACAUGCAGGAUGCCAAUGUGAAGCUACGAGCCAACGCUUUGAUCAAGCGUGGCAGCAUGUACAUGCAGCAGCAGCAGCCUAUGCUUUCCACACAGGACUUCAACAUGGCCGCCGAGAUUGACACACGCAACCCUGAUGUGUAUCACCACAGGGGUCAGCUGAAGAUACUGUUGGACCAGGUGGACGAGGCGGUGGGAGACUUUGACGAGUGCAUCCUGCUCAGGCCCGACUCCGCUCUGGCCCAGGCACAGAAAUGCUUUGCUCUUUACCGACAAGCAUAUACUGGAAACAACCCAUCACAAGUACAGACGGCCAUGGACGGCUUUGAGGACGUUAUCAGGAGGUUCCCAAAGUGUGCAGAGGGCUACGCUCUUUAUGCUCAGGCUUUGACUGAUCAGCAGCAAUUUGGAAAAGCAGACGAAAUGUAUGACAAGUGUAUCGAACUGGAACCAGACAACGCUACCACAUAUGUCCACAAGGGGUUGUUACAGCUGCAAUGGAAACAAGACCUUGACUUGGGUCUGGAACUCAUUAGUAAGGCCAUUGAAAUUGACAACAAGUGUGACUUUGCCUAUGAAACUAUGGGAACCAUUGAAGUGCAAAGGGGGAAUCUGGACAAGGCGAUAGAAAUGUUCAACAAAGCGAUUAAUCUUGCCAAGUCAGAGAUGGAGAUGGCUCAUUUGUAUUCGUUAUGUGAUGCAGCGUACGCCCAGACAGAAGUGGCCCGAAAGUAUGGGCUGAAACCGCCGACACUGUAACUCCCCUUCCAGUUGAUCGCCAAUCUGUCUUUAUUGCUUAACGCCAACUGUGUUAAAAUGCAACUUUACUUUGAUCUGUAAAAAAAAAUUAACAGUACUGGAUAAUAAGAGAAAAAAAAAUGGAGGGCCCUUACAUCACAUUAAAGGGGUUUGUUUUGAUGGAAAAGAGGGAUUUCUAUUCACUGUCACGGCGAGCUGUAAUCCAGACCUCUGGUACAUUAGAUAGGUUGUUGGGUUAGGGGUUGCUGAGCGGGGGGAUCUAAUCCAACUGCUGGCACAAAAAUUUGUGUCACAUAGAGAUAAAAACAUACAUGAAUUGCCAUGUAUACCAGUCUAAAUUAGUAUCAACGAUGUAUAAAUGUAAGAGAAUUGAAAUGUGUGCAGUCUGUUGAAACAAUUUCUGACUUUCAGGCUUCUGUGACACUCAAAAAUCUAUAAAAAAUACUGUGAGAGCUUGACUUAGUUCUAAUGGACUGUUCACUUGUUAAUUUAUGCUGUUCUAAAAUGUUUGUCCAGCUAUCUCCAUAUUGUAACUUACAUUAUCAGUUCCGAAUGCAAGAUUAAAAUUCUAGUCAAAUGUGUAAUUUCUAUGUUCGUAAUGCUGGAAUUGUUCCCAUGGAUAUGAGGCAACAGAGUCUAGCUUAGCAACUGUAUUUUUUUUGGUUUUGUUUUUUAAAUAAUGACAUUGCCUGUUUUCUUUUUUGUAUUUACUUUGUGCAGCAUGUUCACUGUAUGAAUAAUUGUCAAUGCAAUGCUCGUGCUGUCUUGAACACUAGGAAAACCCCAACUAUAAGAUACUUUGUGCAAAACUUAUUUUUUAAACGGCCUCUGGUGUCAAAUGUCACAAGGGUUUAGCGAGUCAGUGUUUUUUCUUUAAUUGAGAAACAGGAUUUAUUCUCUAUUUUGUUGUAAAAGGUUUAUUUUCAUGAUAUGAUUGGUUUCAUCUUUUUAAGGGGUAGACCCUAAGAUAGUGACAAGAUUUUUUUCUCUCGCGCCUUAUUGUUUCCAGCCUACAUGCAGCCCCAGACAAUAUGUUGGCACAGUGUAUGAUUUGGUUCUCAAGCAACAUCUGUAGACUGCAAAAAAAAAAAAAUUCGGCCACUAAAUGAGUGCAGAGUAGUGAGUUUUUUUAAAUUUUUAGAAAAUCAAAAUACUCCUGUUCUGUGACAUUUAUUCAGCAGUAGUGGCUACAUUUCAUCUGAAUGUGUGGUUACGCCAAAGAACCAAAUCGUGCAUUCCAGCUGCAGCUGGUGAGGACUACUUCAAAACAAAAGUCAUCUCCCUCAAAUGUGGAGAAACAAAAGGACUAAUGGUUGAAAUCUUAAACAGUUCAUCUGCAGAUACGCACUAAAAAUGUUGGCAGUUUGAUAGUCAUUGAUAUGUGUGGUGACCAAAGGGAGAGACAAUAUGAAUCCUAAUAAAGUUAUAAUUCCUGGAAUGAAUUUCA